AUGGCCAAGACUUUUUUGUUUACCAGUGAAUCCGUGGGUGAGGGUCACCCAGACAAGAUCUGCGACCAGGUUUCGGACGCUAUCCUAGAUGCAUGCUUGCGCGAAGACCCACUCUCGAAGGUUGCGUGCGAAACGGCUGCCAAGACUGGUAUGAUUAUGGUUUUUGGUGAAAUCACAACCCGGGCUAAGCUGGACUACCAAAAGAUCGUCAGAGACACGAUCAAGCAGAUUGGCUACGACUCCUCGGACAAGGGCUUUGACUACAAGACCUGUAAUGUGCUAGUGGCCGUCGAGCAGCAGUCACCGGACAUUGCCCAGGGUCUGCACUACGAGCAGGCGUUGGAAGAGCUAGGAGCUGGUGACCAGGGUAUUAUGUUCGGGUACGCCACGGACGAGACGCCCGAGCUCUUGCCCUUGACCAUCUUACUUGCACACAAGCUGAACAUUGCGAUGGCGGACGCCCGUCGUGAUGGCUCCUUGCCAUGGAUCAGACCAGACACGAAGACUCAGGUCACCGUGGAGUACAAACAAGAGGCGGGCCGUUGGAUCCCACUCCGCAUCGACACCGUCGUGGUAUCGCUUCAACAUGCCGAUGAGAUCUCGACCGAGGACCUGCGCUCCGAGGUGCAGAAGAAGAUCGUCGAGAAGGUGUGUUCUGCUGAGAUGUUGGACGCCAACACUAAGUACUACAUCCAACCUUCGGGCCGUUUCGUCAUCGGUGGACCUCAGGGUGAUGCCGGGCUCACAGGCAGAAAGAUCAUUGUCGACGCCUACGGUGGUGCCUCGGCUGUGGGUGGUGGUGCGUUCUCGGGCAAGGACUACUCCAAGGUGGACCGUUCCGCCGCUUACGCUGCCAGAUGGGUUGCCAAGUCUUUGGUCAAAGCGGGCAUUUGCAAGCGUGUCCAAGUGCAGUUCUCGUACGCCAUUGGUAUUGCCGAGCCUUUGUCGAUUCACGUCGACACCUACGGCACCUCUAGCAAGUCUGACGAAGAGGUGAUCGAAAUCAUCAAGAAAAACUUUGACUUAAGACCUGGUGUUUUGGUCAAGGAGCUCGACCUAGCCCGUCCAAUCUACUUGCCAACCGCCUCUUACGGCCACUUUACCAACCAGGAAUAUCCAUGGGAAAAGCCAAAGGAACUCAAGUUGUAA